AUUAAAGUCAAAUUGUUUGUUUUCCACACCAAAAUGUUUGCAAUUUCGAGAAGCCUCCGGUUGAGCCGUUGCCUUUCGCCCUUCGGACGCGGUCUGAGCGCAUCCAGUUCGCCUGGACCGCGCACCCUAGUCGCCAUCGACUUCGACAGGACCAUCGUUGAGCAGGACUCCUAUUUGGCGGUGAGCCAACUACUGCCGACCAGUCAGCGCAAGGAGCUGCAGGACCAGAUCCCCAAGUGCGGCUGGCUGAGCUUCAUAAGCCAAGUGUUGCAGCGCCUGCAUGGCGAGCACAAGGUGAACUCCGCGUCGGUGGGCAAGCGUGUGCGCAGUCUCACAGCCGUGCCUGGAAUGCUGCGGGUGAUGCGCCAAUUAGCCAGGAUCCCUGAGCUCGAACUGUGCAUCGUCAGCGACGCCAACUCCUUCUUCAUCGGCGAGUGGCUGCAGGCGUACGCCAUUGAGUGCCUCUUUGCCGGCGGCGUGUUCACCAAUCCCGCAUGCGUCCAAGCGAGCGGCGAACUGCUGGUGCUGCCCUACCAAGAGCAGACUGACUGCGAUCUCUGCCCCUCCAACAUGUGCAAGGGCUCCGUGAUGGACGAGCUGACGUGCAGCGGGCGAUACGAGCGCUUGAUCUAUGUGGGCGAUAGUUGCAACGAUCUGUGCGCCAUUAAGCGGCUGCGGCAAAAGGAUGUCGCCUGCAUCCGGCGCGGAUUCGAGCUGCACGGUAAGAUGACCGCCCAUGGCCAGGAACUGGCCUGCUCCGUGCUCACAUGGCGCGACGGCCACGAGCUGGAGGAGCUCCUGAUGCCCAAAAUCGUGGCGUAGAGUUUGUGGUAAGGCCAGGUUAUUAAUGCUGCUGUUUUAUUCGACUUAAAAAUAAAUCUUUCAGUAUGUAUACAU